AUGGCUUCGUUGGACAUUAAGCUCAAGCGGAUGGACAGGGUCUAUCACCCCGGAGAGGUGGUGAGCGGCGCGAUCGUGAUCGAGAGCAAGGGCUCGCUGUCGCACCAGGGCAUCCAGCUGGUGAUGGAGGGCAACACCACCCUCCAGCUCAGCGCCAAGAGCGUCGGCCUCUUCGAAGCCUUCUACAACUCCCUCAAGCCCAUCCAAAUGCUGUACGUGCCGGUGGAGGUGGCGAAGCCGGGCAAGCUGCCCGACGGCACGACCGAGAUUCCGUUCGAGUUCAAGCUGGAGCCGCUCGCCGGGCAGAAGCUCUACGAGACCUACCACGGCGUGUUCGUCAACAUCCAGUACCAGCUCCGCGCCACCUGCGUGCGCGGCUUCAUGGCCAAGACCCUCGAAAAGACCCUCGAAUUCAUCGUUGAAGUCAAGAGCUCGAAGGACUAUCCCAAGGACCAGGAGGUGCCGUUCAGCAUCACCCCGCAAUCCAUCGAAAACGUCAAAAAGACGUCGGUGAAUCGCAUACCCAAUUUUAAGAUCACGGGCAAGCUGACGACGGCGACGUGCGCGAUCACGCGGCCAUUCACGGGGGAGCUCAUCAUCGAGGAGGCCGACGCCAUCAUCAAGUCGGUCGAGGUCCAGCUCGUCAGGGUGGAGACCUGCGGCUGCGCCGACGGUUUCGCCAAGGAGGCGACGGAGAUUCAGAACAUUCAGAUCGCGGAGGGGGACGUGUGCCGACAGUUGGUGAUCCCCAUCUUCAUGAUCUUCCCGCGCCUCUUCACCUGCCCCUCCACCGCCGCCCGCACCUUCAAAAUAGAAUUCGAGGUGAACUUGGUGGUGCUGUUCGAGGACGGCCACCUGGUGACAGAGAACUUCCCCAUCCGCCUCAUCCGCACAUAG